AUGGAGCUUGAUCAAGUCCAUUGCCUGGUUGAACCAAACUACAUGGAAAAGUUCCAGGAUUAUAACCUGGAAACUGCAUGUUUUUUACAAGGGGAAGAUCCCAUCUCCAGAAACACCAUUCCUGAAGAUGAGAUUCUUGAUAAUGAGAACCUAAAAAGAUUCAGAGUGAGUGCCAGUCCUGGAAGUUCCCUGGAAAAAGAACUCAUAAGUCCUGGAAUGGUUCAAGCAACAGAAAAGGCAGAAGGGGAUUCCCCGAAGGGACUCCAAGAAGAGUUGAUUGAAGAAAUCAGUGUAACUGAUCUCCUGGUGAUGGGAGCUGAAGCUGUUGAAGCGCAAAAUUGGGUUCUGUCUUCAGCCAUUGUUGCAAAGCUUAACAGUCUCUUGAGUGAUGGAGAAAAUGGUGAUAACCAUUUCAACAGGCUGGCUUUGUUCUUCAGUCAGGGACUGUUUUAUAAGAGCAUCGGUACUCCCGACAUGUUCCAGGAGCCUUUCGCUAAAGAGACAGACAUUUCGCCUACCUUUCAGGUGCUCCAGGAACUCUCCCCUUAUGUAAAGUUUGCCCAUUUCACAGCCAACCAAGCCGUCCUGGAAGCCACAGAGGGCGAUCAAGAGAUUCAUGUUACUGAUUUCGAUAUCAUGGAGGGGAUUCAAUGGCCGCCUUUGAUGGUUGAUCUUGCGUCGAGAAAGAAUGUUGUUUCUCUUAGAGUAACAGCCAUCAUAACUGACCAGAAAAAUUCAAUCUUUGUGCAGCAAACAGGAAGAAGGCUCAAAGAAUUUGCAGAUUCAAUCCAUUUUCCAUUCAUAUUUGACCAUUUGGUGAUGGUAAGUGACAACGAUUUUGAAUCAAUCAACGCUGGCCACACUCUGAUAGCCAAUUGCAUGAUGCAUCAGCUUCACAUGCAUAAAAGAAACUUAUCCCAGGUGAAAACUUUCAUUGAUGGUGUGACAAAACUCUCACCGAAAAUUCUCAUUCUAGUGGGGGAAGAACUGUUCAGUUUUACAAUAACUCCAUCAAUGUCAUUUAUGGAAUUCUUCUGUGAGGCGCUCCACCAUUACACAGCAGUUUCUGAUUCCACGGUGAUCAGUUUUUGCAAGGACCAUGAAGUAGGAUUGAGAUGGAUAGAAAAAGAGUUUCUGGGGAUCAGAAUUCUAGAAAAUUUGAGCCAAUUCCCAUCUGCAAAUGAAGAGAAAAUGCAAUGGGGAAAAAGGUUCGAUUGUUUAAGAGAAUUCAAGCCAAUAACUUUGAGUUCUUGCAACAUUUCCAAGGCUAAGUUCUUGGUGAGUCUCUUCAGAGGAGGCUAUUGGGUGCAAAAUGAGAAGUGGAAGCUGACACUGUGCUGGAAAUCUAGGCCUCUGACCACAACUUCCAUUUGGGUGCCAAUUUCAACGUCAAGGUGA